CUGAGCCUCUACUUCAGUCAAUCCUCUUUGGGGAUCACCGUUGGAUUAUCAGCGGAUGGAUUAUUAUUGUUUAUUCGUUAUCCAUAUUUUUAAAGAGUGGGUGUACGACAAUAGUGAAUAAUUGAGGAUUGAAACAUGGAUAAUCAUUGGAAUUUCUUGAGCUCAAGCCGUUAUGAAUGGAACGGAAGAAACACGAAGGCAUUUGAAUAACGAUGACAAGGCGCUAAUUGUCAUGACAGUAAUGACAAUCAAUUGACGUGAGAGAUCAAAGUCAAGGGUCUCCCAGACUCGUGCAUCCCGAAAAAAUGGAAGACUACACCCCAGUGGAGGAAGAUUUCCCAGGUCGUUUGUUGCAUCAGGCAGCGCUCUGGGACAACGCGGAGCUCUUGGAGGAUCUCCUUCGAGGGGAUCACUCCCAAUACAUAAAUAACCAAGACUCCUGGGGACGCACAGCGCUGCACGCAGCAGCAAUAACCGAGAACUCCCGUUGUCUAUUAGUUCUUCUAUCAAGCGGGGCGAAUCCAAACAUCCCCUGCGGGCCUCGGGGUCAUCACCGUACACCGUUGCACAUCUGCGUGGAGCACGGCCACACGGAGAACAUUACCAAACUUCUGGAUUACACCGUGGACCUGAGCCUGUCAGACAGCAACGGACUGACCCCCCAAGACAUCGCAGCAAAGAACAACGAUAAGAGCACCAUGGCACUGCUAACAAAAGCUGCAGAAAAACACCAACUCCUCCGCCUAGCAGUCCACGCAUCCCUGAGAGCAGCCUGUCUCCAGGGGGACAUAGUGGCUGUCAAGAAUAUAAUCCAGAGCUCCACCGAGCCCCUAGAAGCAAUCGUUAACUUGGCUCCAAAUGGUGCAAACACUCUUCUCUUUAUCGCCUGCGAGAUGGGCCACAAGGAAAUCGUGCGCCUUCUCCUGGAGCACGGAGCAGACUGUGAAAGCCAUCCCGUGACCCAAUAUACUCCGCUGUAUAUCGCCUGCUAUAACGGAAAGCUAGAGAUCGUCGAUAUUCUCCUUCGCCACUUUCCCAAGCAAAUCCAAACUCUCACCGUGGAACGUCGACUGCCAAUUCACGCAGCUACCAUUAAUGGCCACUCCUCCAUUGUGGAGCUUCUUCUCAAGUUCGAAUAUCCCCAGCACCUGUACCAGAGGUUCAAAGAUCCCUCCGGGGAGUUCGAGUACGACAUGCCUUUUGACGUUAACACACAGGAUGUAACUGGUCAAAAUCCCCUGUACAUUGCCAGUAUGUUGGGCAAUAUGAAAAGUGUGGAAAUCCUCUUGGGGUAUAAAGUCAAAUCCGUGAAGAUUAACGAAGAGGAGCCUCAACAGACCUCGGAGCAACUUCCCAUUGCCAAACGACGGAUAUCAACUGGCAUCCAGAGGCUCAUGUCGUCAUUGAAUUUUAGGAGUAAGACUUCUGAGCAGAAGAAGGAUGAUAAUUUGAUUUGUCCUCUGCAGUUGGAUAUUUACUGUAAUAAUAGCACCGAGACUGCACUUCAUGCUGCUGUCAAGGCAGGUCAUACUGAAGUGGUGGCUAUUUUACUGCUGUCUGGAAGUAAUCCAAAUCUACCCAUCAAAACGUACAAUCGGUCAAUCAGCAAGGCGGAAGGGGAAACCGAAGCUGUGAACGAUUUCACGGUUUUGACUCUAGCCUGUCACAAUCGAGAUGUCAAAAUAGCUGAUUUGUUGUUAAAGUAUGGGGCAGUGGACAACGAGUGCAGAGCUUUGAAAAUAGCAGCUCAGAAUGGGGAUGAAAUACUCACAGCCAAAUUGUUGUCGAUAAAGGCACAUCCAGACCCUGAGUAUAAGAUCAAUAAGAAAGCAAUGACGGAGGGUACACAGACCUCUCACUUCUCAGCUCUAUCCAGCUUUGGAAAUGUUACUUAUCCCUCGUUAUUCCCAAACACCCCUACGAUGAUAAACUGGCACGAUCAGCAGUGCAGACUCUCCCAGAUUCGCACUCAGUGGCUGAUCGAUGCUGUCCUCAAUGUGAAUAAAAAGCUGAAUGGAAAGAAUAAUGAUUUGUCGCUCUACGCAAUCACGAGGAUCGAUAUCUCCCACAACUCCAUCACCACAAUACCGUCCAUGAUAUUUUACCUGCAGAGCCUGAAGUACCUGAAUAUGGCGCAAAAUAAGAUUGACAGUCUCUCAGAGAAAUUAGAGACUGAAAGAAAAUCGAGAGAUACACGCGACAAGUUAUCCCCCGUUCUGGAAGAGAUGUAUCUACAGGACAAUCGUUUGGAGAAGCUCCCAGAGUUUCUCAUGAUGCUUCCAUCACUGGAGAUUUUGGACGUCUCUAACAACAAGCUUCAACGUCUCCCUGAGAAUCUCUGGAGGGCCCCCAAGCUGAAGGAGCUCAAUGCUUCCUUCAAUCUUCUACGUGAUCUCCCCAGCCAAGCCUCACAGAACAUUUCAACUCGAAGAGACAUGGGUCUCUCCAGUACCAACAACUUCGAGUUCUCCUCACGUCCCCCCACAAGCAACAGCUCCCACGAAGGCCUGGAGUUCACAGCAAUGAGCAGAGACGAUUCGGCGGAGUUCGACUCUUUUACGAAAUUGACGAAUGCUCAGAUCAUCGAGAUGGAGAGACCCCACGUAUGGACGAAGGCUGUUAGAGUUUCCGAGAAGAUGAACGACGACUCAGAGCCAGGGGCACGAUCAGUCCUCACGUCUCUGAAUCUCGCUCACAAUUUAUUUAAUAGUAUUCCGGUUGCUCUACCAUGUCUAGCUGUCAGUUUACUGAGAUUGAACAUGGCUUACAACUCAUUACGAUCGAUGAGUCACAUAACGUCGUACCCAGCCAGCCUCAAGCAGUUGGAUUUAUCGAACAAUCAGAUAUCCUGCUGGCCGAGUUUACCACAGGUCGAUCCAAGCUGCACUGACUCAAUGGAGCAGGCCUCUACCGCGUGCUACUGCCCCUCCACAAAUAUUCAGUCUCCAAUAAUGAAUUCUGUUGCUAAUAAUAGAAGUAGUUGUGGAGGUGCUUCACUCAGGGAUAUUGUCCUUAUGUGUGUUUGUAACCACAGGAGACACCUGAGGCUGGAAAAUUUGAGGACUCUGGUUCUCGCUAAUAAUCUUCUCACCAGGAUUCAAUUAACUUCUGUCGACGAUGGGGAGAACUCCAUUGGCUUCGAUGAGAAUGGGAAAGUUUAUUAUUACAGUGAGAACGAUCGUCACAGCGAGUCGUCAGAUCGAGAGAGCAAGUUGUCGAGGAACUCUGCUACCAUGGCCACUCAAGCGCAUCAGGGCCAGUACUCGAAACUUUAUUUGUUGUUUCCAAAUGUGAGUAUGCUGGACGUCAGUAAUAAUAGUCUGAAGGACAUACCCCAGAAUAUUUACGAACUGAGUAAUCUCUCGGUUUUGAAUAUAAGUGGUAACGUUGAGAUCAGUGAGCUGCCGCCUCAGAUGGGACUGCUCUCUCGAUUAUGGAAUUUAAAUACUCAGGGAUGUAAACUCCAGGAGCCCCUGAAAACGAUGAUUGAAUCGAAGAAGUACAAGACGAUGGACGUCGUGGGGUACCUCAAGUCGAUCCUUGAGGAUGCCAAACCGUAUGCGAGGAUGAAACUUAUGAUUGUGGGAAUCCAAGGGAUAGGGAAGACAAGUCUUCUGGAGCAACUCCGUCAGGAAGGAGAAGUGCCAAAUAAAAAGCGAUCUGGGGAGCACUGGGCGAAGCGUAUGGGGAACAAGAAUAUCAAUACAAAAACAGCUAGGGGGACAACUAUAUCGACAGUUGGGGUGGAUAUUGGGGAUUGGAUUUAUGAGAAGAAGGUGCGAGGACAGUCGUCACACGGUGCUGUCUACUUCAGGACGUGGGAUUUUGGGGGCCAAAAAGAGUACUACGCUACUCAUCAGUAUUUCUUAUCCAAAAGGAGUCUGUACCUCGUGGUUUGGAAGAUAACUGAUGGUUUCAAGGGGGUCUACGAGAUCUUCCAGUGGCUCGUCAAUAUCCAGAGCAGAGCCCCAAAUUCUCCAGUGAUCAUCGUGGGAACUCAUUACGAUGUUUCCAAUGAACAGAGUGAAGUCUUCCAGCAGUACAUCAGGGACAAGUUCAUAAAUGUCGUUGAUGCUGAAAAAUGCGGCCUGCCGAAGGUCAUGGAGACCAUUGAGGUGAGCUGUAAGACUCGCCACAACAUCAAAAUGCUGUGCAAUCUUGUGUACGACGUUGUCUUCAGUUUAAAGUCCCCUGGUAGCAAGGAGUUGCUGCUGGAGCAGAGGGUCCCUGCGAGUUAUCUAGCUCUGGAGGAUGUUGUAGUGCAAUUGGCACAUGACAGAAAGCUCUCCGGGGCUGAUCCGGUACUCAGGGCUGACCAGUAUUAUGCAGCUGUCAAUAACGAACUCCAAAAGCUCCACAAAUCCUUCAGAGAUCUCGCAGAGCUCCACCAGGCCACUCUAUUUCUACAUGAGAACGGGAUAAUCCUUCAUUACGAUGAUGCAACCCUCAAGGAUCUCUACUUCCUGGAUCCCCAGUGGCUCUGCGACAUGCUGGCACACGUCGUUACUAUUAGGGAGAUCAAUCCUUUCGCCAGAGCUGGAAUAAUGAAGCUCGAUGACAUUCAGCACGUAUUCAAAUCCUCCACAAUGUCCUCGGUGGAUACUCAAGGGUAUAUCGUUAGUCUCCUCAAUAAAUUCGAGGUGGCUCUCACCUGGGAUUAUCGAACUCUUCUGAUUCCUUCUCUGUUGCCCACUGAAGAAGACAUUCAGAGGAACAAUCAGAUUAUCAAAAUUCCAUUGAAAUCCAGAGGCUGGCACGUUCGAACGAAGAAAAUUGCUUCUCCAACAAACGUCCUUGACUCCAUGAUCGGCGACAGAAGGAACAGCAGACACCUGGGACUCACUCGUAACAAUAAAACGUCGACUUUGACCUCCAGACCACAGCCCGAUUGCUCAGUAACGAGACUUCUACUCAUGUCGUAUUUUCCCAGUGGAUUCUGGUCUAGACUCAUCACCAGAAUCCUCGCUGAUGACACCAUUGUGGACAUCGUCAUGUCUUUCAUUACUCCCUUUAAAGAUUUCGUGGACGACAACGUGUUCUCGACUUUGUUGGACAAUAAUGCUGAGUGGAUUGUCUGGCAGACAGGACUGGAGCUCCGAUACGCAGGGAUAACGCUAUUGAGACUGAAGGAAGUCAACUGGAAGAUGAAGAACGCGCCCUAUGACUACAGACAAUUAAAAUUCAAAUUGAAGCAAGACGGGAUCUGGUGUAGCGUUGACUUGAAGAAUUCAGCGAUUUUGGAGAUUUGGUUUCCAGUAGAUACUCUAGUCAUCAAACAGCCGAUAAUGUCCUCGUCCUUGGAGGGGAAUGACGAGGACGAGCCCAUGGGGUAUCAGGCGAUUGUCGUGGAGCCUCGACCUGAGAGUAUGCCUCAGCUGUUGGCUCUCAUUGUUGAUCACAUUGAUAUUCUCCUUGAGGACUGGUAUCCCACUUUAGGCACUCGUUUUGUACACACGUCAGAGGGCAAACUCCUGGUGACGAGACUGAUUCCCUGUCCAAGGUGCCUCCUGAACAGCACAAAUGGUAAUUCUGAGAGUGAACGAAGUGAUCAGGAGGCCUCAGCAUCUGGAGGAUCGAUGGAGGGGCUCGAGGGUGAAGACGAGACUUCCAAAUCGCCUGACGAGUGCUGCACUUAUCAUCAGCAUCACGAACGGCAGAGCCAGGACAGUUACAAGUCUGAUGGAGACAGUGGCGUGGGAUAUGACAGCUCUGCAUCCAGCAGGAUGCCCUCUCUCGAAGGCCAUCCAGAUGUUGCUCGUCAAUCCUCCAAUAGGAUUGUGAGUGCAGAAGGCAUUACUGUGUACUCGUGGAUGGUAGAGGAGUGCAUUCUGUCUGCUUACAGUAACAAGACCAUUGCCUGUCCCAAACAUUUGGAUAUUCCACUGUCCCACGUCGCCCCGGACAUUAUCUUCAUGGACCUUGGGGCCAAGCACUUGAUCAAGUCUGAUGAUAUCAAAAGGGGAAAAAUGCUGGGGCGAGGGGCAUUUGGCUUUGUCUUCAAGGGCUCGAGCAAAGUUCCCACUGGAUGUAGGGGGGAGAGGAUCGAUGUGGCUAUGAAGAUGCUUCAGCCCGUCCCUCCAGGACCUAAUUCCAAACCGUCGGCUGUACUUGCCUACAAGGCUGCACAGAGCAAGUGGGACAGGGAUCCACUGCAGUACGCCUGCAAGGCUUACUGCACUGCUCGACAGGAGCUCAAUAUUUUGCUGACACUCAGGCACACGAAUAUCGUUCCUCUUAUUGGAAUUGUUAUCAGUCCGUUAGCACUUGUUCUCGAUUUAGCCCCGGAGGGAGCACUUGAUAAUGUCUUGAAGAAUUAUCGAAGGUCCGGGGCUAAGCUUGAUCCUCACACUCUACAAUCAAUUAUUUUACAAGUAGCGAAAGCAGUGGAGUACCUGCACCAGCAGCACGUCAUCUAUCGAGACUUGAAAUCAGAGAACGUUUUAGUGUGGAUGAUUCCACAACCACACCAAAACCACACAGAUCACGGGGUCCAUGUAAAGGUGGCGGAUUAUGGUAUCUCAAGACUAACGUUGCCCUCUGGAGCCAAAGGCUUCGGUGGUACUGAGGGUUUUAUGGCGCCUGAGAUCAUAAAGUACAACGGUGAGGAGGAGUACACUGAGAAAGUCGACUCAUUUUCAUUCGGAAUGUUUAUCUACGAGCUUGUGACACUCCGUCAACCCUUCGAGGGUCACGAGGCUGUGAAGGAGUGCAUCCUAGAGGGUGGUAGACCUCCUCUCUCCUACAGAGAGACUCUCUACCCAUGUUAUGUGCUCGACCUGAUGGUUAUCUGUUGGGCGCAAAAUCCUAAGGAUCGUCCAACCGCUAGUCAAAUAGUUUCGAUAGCUUCAGCUCCUGAAUUUACGCACCUCAUUGACGUCACCCUUUUGACAGAGCGGACUCACGUGACAGCCAUCACCGCGACGUCAAGACCACCACUCGGAUCGAACGAGAGUUAUUUUGCUGAUGAGAUCUGGCUGGGGCACAACAACGGAGAAGUUGACAUGCUCCUGGGAACUGAAAGGGGAUGGCUGCAACAUGUGAGGAUCGAGACCCCAGUGAUUCCUUAUGCCAUGUCCGGUGUCGAUGGCUAUAUCUGGAUUGGCGACAAUGCUGGACAAAUUCACGUGUACCUGGCAACAAAUUUUGGAUGUGUUGCCAGUUAUUACUUGGAGUCUGAUCAGAAUCUCUACAGGGAAUCCAAGAUUGUUGGGUUGAUUCAUCUUGAGAGUAUCAAGCAGUUUGUGGUUGCCCUGCACAGUGGCAAGAUCUAUCUAUUAACGAAUAACUUCACUCAGAUGAAGAAGACCGAGAUCGUGAGGAGUGUCAAGGAGAAUGUGAAAACUUAUUCACUGGCUGCUGUCUUCAGGAGGAGGAGAAUUAUCGAGCUCUGGGUGGGCCAGAGCUUCGGCAGGAUCUCAAUUUACGUUAUCAAGGAAAAUGGAAAUCUUGUUGAUACCUUUGAAGUUGUUCACGUGCAGAAUGAAACAUCCAGUAAAAAUCUUUUUGCGACAUAUCUGUUGAGUGCUGAGACGUCUGUACUCUCAUACACGUACCCUGGGUGCAUUGUUUAUCAGUGGGACGUUGAGACAAGGCAGAUUAUUAAUAAAUUGGAUAUGUCGAAGCUCGUUCCCUGCUCUGAGAGCUUGAAGUCAAUAUCUAUUGAGGAGAACUUCACCACUGAGAGGUGCCAGGUGACUGCUUUGGAGGUUUGCAUGAAUCAGUUAUAUAUUGGAACUACUUGGGGCUGUAUUGCUGUCGCUGAGUGCAAUUCUCUCAGACCCAUCACUGUCUUCAGACCCUUCGAGGGAAAAGUCUCGCAAAUCGUCGCUUUGAGGUCCACUGAUAAGAAGAGGAUGACCAUGGCUACAGUUGGCCAGGGGUACAGGAGUCUUAUAUCUAGGUACACGGAUUAUCCUAGUGAUUCUCUCAUUGCUGAGGACCUCAGGCAUAAUAUGUAUACGUUAUUGUGGCGUGCUGAGCACUGGUCUGCUGCGUAAUUAUCAUGUUUUUUUUAAAAAAAAAAAAAGACAUAAACUAUUCUGGGGCAGAAUCAUUCUUGUGAGAAUCUUCCGAUUAUUGCAGCAAAUUGAAGGAUUAUUCGGAAUAAAUCCUUUUUAAGAAAUUGGAUUCACUAGUGGAAACUUGAAUGUCUUGUUUUGAAAUGUGAAUGAGAAGAUGUCGGCAAUAACUUGUUAAAUUAAUUUCGGGAUCUUUCAUCACUUCCAGUAGAGAGGGUUUGAGGUAAAAUGGGCCACCGCGAUUUUUGACAAAUUAAUGUUAGAGUCUCAUUCAAUCGUUAUUACAAUGGAAUGAUUUUUUUUUUUCGUUAUUGAUAAUCAACUGAAAAGUUGACAAAUUUUCGAAACUUUUUUGAUAAUUAAGUAAAAAAGAUUGUCUCAAGAAUAAUUCUGAUCUACGAAAUUCGUUUCAUUCGGUCCUGAGGAUUGGAGUUCAUUUUUUGAUGAAUAUCUCGGAUUCCGGGGAAAAUGACAUUUUUUUAUGACUUUUUUUGUAAAAACCAAAACAACUGUGGUUAUUUUGCAGUGAAAUUUAGUUUAUACAGAUUUUCCAUGGAGAAUCAAUUCUGGAUUAACAGGUGGUUAUAGAAAUUCACACUUUGGAUUUGAAGGCAUCUAUCUAAAAUUGGAGUCACAAUGAAUUAAUUGUAAUGGUUCUAUUCACGACUAUAUCCAUUGCUAUACGGAAAAAUAUUUCUACUGAAAGUUACUUCUAAGCUGUUCUAAUCUAUCUAUCGCUCCUGAAAUACUCGAUAGGGUUCUAGUGGAAAAUGUCACAGCUGUCAUGGAAAUUGCAAUAUUUUGGCAAAAUUUUUAUUCGAAAUAUUGCAAUUUUAAACGGCGAAUCUUUUUACUCUCCCUUUUUAUUUCACCCUCCCAAAUUUUGAUAGAAAUUCCCCUCGUUUUCAAAAAUAAUGCAAGAUAAUAAUAAAUGAUUUCUCGAAAAUGAGAGAAUUUUUCCAAAACCGCGUUUUUAAU